GGAGGAGAGUACAUAACUAUCACCAGCAGCAGCAUCCCACACCCACCUUGCAGCUACAGCCAUGACUUCCAGGGAGCUCUACACUUCAUCCUACAAGAAGAUCUUUGGGGAUUCCCCUAGGUCCUCCAGCCUCCUGUAUACCACCAACAGUAGCAGCAGCAGGUCCCAGUCGUACAGACCCAGGGAAGCCUACACCAGCAACAUCUCCUCCUACAGGAAGGUCAGUCGCUCCCCAGGACACCUGAGCUCAGCCCAGGACCAUUUUGACCUUUCUCAGUCCACUGCCCUGAGCAAUGAGCUGAAGAUUGUCAGGACCAACGAGAAGGAGCAGCUGCAGGGUCUCAAUGACCGCUUUGUCACCUACAUUGAGAAGGUCCAUCACCUGGAGCAGCAGAACAAGCUGUUGGAGAGCGAGGUGACCUUGCUGAGGCAAAAGCACUCAGAGCCCUCCCGGCUGAGCCAUAUCUAUGAGCAGGAGAUCCGGGAGCUGAGGUCCAAGCUGGAGGAGCAGGAGCAGGACAAGGACCAAGCGCAGUUGGACUACGAGCACUUGGGGGCAUGUCUGGAGCAGCUCAAGCUCAAACUGGAGCAGGAGUCCGCCAGGAGGGAGGAGGCAGAGGAUGUCAUGAAGAACUAUAGGAAGGACUUGGACCAAGCCACCCUCAACCGCUUGCAACUGGAGAAGAAGGUGGAGUCGCUGCUGGACGAGAUCGCUUUCCUGAGGAAAGUCCAUGAGGAGGAGAUUGCUGAGCUUCAGGCUUCCGUGCAGGAGGCGCAGAUCUCUGUGGAGAUGGAUGUGGUUAGCAAGCCUGAUCUGACGGCUGCACUGAAGGAAAUCCGCAUGCAGUACGAGGUUCUGUCUGCCCGCAAUCAGCAGUCAUCCGAGGAGUGGUACCAGGCCAAGAUUGCCAACGUAUCUCUGGAAGCUUCCCGGAAUAACGACUCUGUCCGUCAGGCCAAAGAGGAGAUCACAGAGUACCGCCGGCAGCUCCAGGCACGAACAUUGGAGAUUGAUGCUCUGCGCAGUGCCAACGAGUCCCUAGAGAGGCAGCUGCAGGAAGCCGAGGAUAGGAGUAAUGAAGAAAUGUCUCAUCUGCAGGAUACCAUCGGCCAGCUUGACAAUGCUUUGAGGACCACAAAGGAAGAGAUGGCACGACAUCUGAGGGAGUACCAGGAUCUCCUCAAUGUCAAGAUGGCUUUGGAUAUUGAAAUAGCUGCUUACAGGAAACUCCUAGAAGGGGAGGAGACACGUCUAACCUCAGUGGGCGGAGGCAGCAUGUUCGGUAUUGGCUACCCAUUCUCCUCUGGGUCAUACUCCGGUGGCAGAAGCUCCACUACAAGCACCAUCAGUAUCAGGAAAGAGGAGAAGAAAGAGUCACCAGAGGGUGGGAAAGGAGGCAGCUCUGGCCAACCCAAAACCUCAAAGCCAGGGGAUCAAGAAAAGAUCUCACAAAAAGCUGCAGCAAACUAACAUGAACGUGUAGAGCCCCAGAAGUUCCACUGGAAGAGAUUUUGUGAAAGAAAACAUUAUUUCCCUUAAUCUCUUUACCUGUUGUGAUGGCAAUGGAGAAGGUUAAAAUAAAAUGAUCCAAACCUGCUUUACCGAAUUAAAGCUUAACCAUAACACAUUUUGCUGUAUGAAUAUCUAAUAGGAUAAUAAUCCACGUGCCCAGCUGUUGUACACAGUUCUACAGGGGGUCUUACGAUAUCACUGGGCAAGCAUAAGGGAGAAAAUGGCAAGACUCGCUGGUCCAGUAGAAAUAAGUCAACUAUAUGGUGAAGUUGUGUUUCUGUUGGCCAACAGAUGGGCAAACAUAUCAUUAAGUUCCUUCCCUACCGACACUGCAGAAUAUCACAAACCAGCCAUUCACAGGAGAUUAAUACUACACCAUUAUCAUCCAUAUAUUUCUAUUACCUGUAGCUGAGGCCUUUGUCACUGCCCCAUCUCACCCAAUCCCCCCUUUUCCAAGCAUAUUAAGAACAAAGCUUUGUGAUUAUCCAAAAAACGACACCUCAAGCUACCAGAGAGGCCGAUGCAUUGUCUGAGUGAUCGGCGCGAUAGAACGGUGGGUUAGGGAAGGCCAUCUCUCAGGCUCCAAAAAAGCUGGUAGCACAUAUAAUGCACAAGGCAGGGGGUGGGGGAAGCUGCUGCUUUGCAAACAUGACAGACCAACCUGGGAUGUGUGGGGGAGGGGCAAUAGGGCAACACCAAUGUGGGGCUGCGGGUAAUGUUAUGUAACCUAAUGCAUGGUCUUGUCUAGAGGGAGAAGUGCGUACGGAGAAUGCACCAAUAAAAUACAACUGUCUGUAACAGUC